CUUCUUAAACCAGACACAGACCUGGACCCGGACCCGCGCAUCCACUUGAUGAGUUCACGGCCCCAGAGUGGCUCUAUUUAAAGAGGCGACAGCAGCAACAUGGCUCAUGUCCGGGGGGAGUCUGUGGACACGGAGAUGCACGGAUCCAAGGACAAAGCCGUCGCUUACACCAAGAAGAGGGGCUACGAUGUGACCCGAACCCCCCACCUGAACAAGGGGUUAGCCUUUUCCCUAGACGAACGCCUCCAGCUGGGAAUCCACGGCCUGCUGCCUCCCUGCUUCAACAGCCAGGAUGUCCAGCUGCUCCGAGUGCUCAAAAACUACGACAUGACAAGAGAUGACCUGGACAGAUAUGUGUUUCUGAUGGGGCUUCAGGACCGUAACGAGAAGCUCUUCUAUCGGUUCAUUACAUCUGAUGUUGAGAGAUUUAUGCCAAUCAUUUACACUCCCACUGUGGGCCUGGCCUGCCAGCAAUAUGGCCUCAUAUUUAGAAGACCGAGGGGACUCUUCAUCACUAUUCAUGACCGAGGCCACAUCGCUUCAAUCCUCCAAAACUGGCCAGAAAAAGACAUCAAGGCAGUGUGUGUGACGGAUGGCGAAAGGAUCCUUGGACUGGGAGAUCUGGGUUGCCACGGCAUGGGCAUCCCAGUCGGAAAGCUGGCUCUGUACACAGCCUGUGGAGGCAUGUCGCCACAGCAGUGCUUACCUGUCACGCUGGAUGUUGGUACAGAUAAUGAGGCACUACUGAAGGAUCCCCUCUACAUCGGGCUGAGACACAAGCGGGUCCGAGGCCAGGCCUACGACGACCUGCUAGAUGAAUUUAUGAAGGCAGUUUCAGACAGGUAUGGAAUGGAUUGUCUGAUUCAGUUUGAGGACUUUGCAAAUGUUAAUGCUUUUCGUUUGCUGAGCAAGUACCGCAGCAAGUACUGCACAUUCAACGAUGACAUCCAAGGCACGGCUGCAGUCGCAGUAGCUGGACUCCUGGCUGCACUGCGCAUCACCAGAAGCAAAAUGUGUGACCACACCAUUGUGUUCCAAGGAGCAGGAGAGGCAGCGAUGGGGAUCGCUGAGCUGAUCACCAUGGCCAUGAAGAAGGAGGGCCUCACCGAGGAGGAGAGCUUGAAAAAAAUCUGGAUGGUUGAUUCAAAGGGACUCGUCGUUAAGGGUCGAGACCACCUGACCCAUGAAAAGGAGAAGUUUGCUCAUGAGCAUCCUCAGAUGAAACGACUGGAGGAUGUGGUCAGAGAGCUGAAACCCACAGCUAUCAUUGGUGUGGCAGCUGUUGCCGGAGCCUUCUCCGAGCAGAUCAUCAGGGACAUGGCUUCCUUCAAUGAGCGACCCAUCAUCUUCGCUCUCAGCAACCCGACCAGCAAAGCUGAAUGUACAGCUGAGCAGUGCUACGCGUUCACUGAGGGUCGUGCCAUUUUUGCCAGCGGCAGUCCAUUUGACCCUGUCACCCUGCCUGAUGGGAGGAAGCUUUACCCUGGGCAGGGCAACAAUGCCUACAUUUUCCCCGGUGUGGGCCUGGGUGUCACUGCUUGCACUUUACGACACAUCACUGAGGAUAUCUUCUUGACUGCAGCAGAGGCUCUGGCUCAGUUGGUGACAGAGAAGGACCUUACAGAGGGAAGACUGUACCCUCCUCUCAGCUCCAUCAGGGACGUCUCUCUGAAGCUGGCCGUUAAGAUAAUGGAGUAUGCUUAUGAGCACAACAUGGCCACCCUUCGCCCCGAGCCGUCUGACAAAGAAGCCUACGUUCACUCGAUCUGCUACAGCACCGACUACGAUGACUUUGCUGUCGACUCGUACCGCUGGCCGGAGGACUGCAUGGCUGUGCAGUCCUGCAAACUUUGAUCCUCAGAAACCACAAGAGCCCUGAAAAAUGAUGUGCACUGUUCUUGGAAGACAUGGUGAUCUUUUCCUGCACUUUAAAUUAAAUGCUGACAACACAAAGAAGAUCAGUUGGCAGAACUGUAAAGGAAUGCACAAAUGGUUGUUUUCACAGCAUUUAAAAUAU